AUGAUUCUAGCAACAACCCAACGCGAGCAAUCCAAUACCCCCAGCUCUUCCCCGAAUCUGGCUCCGAAACCCUUCCUCCGUCGCUGGCGCCCGCCGCCUAACUCCGUGAAGUGGCCAGUGCCGCACCAGCCCUUCCCUCACCCUCGUCGCUUCCCAAGCCAGAAACCAAAAGGCAAACUCUCCCAGCUUCUCCGUCUUAUCUUCGGACCCCACGCCGGCCUCCGCGCACAUCUCCGUCUUUGGAACUUCCGACACGAGACCAUCCCUGCGGUUCGACACCGGGCGCAGGCGAAAGUAUACCGAGCGCUUCUUCGACACCAGGCGAGACUUGAGAAGCGGACAAGGGUGGGAAAACUAGGUCUUACAGAGCUCUUUCGAGGGAAACGGCGGCGCCGAGGGGUGAGCGGCCUUGUCGGGGGCCUGCUGGUGCCGUUUGAGAAGGCAGCGCACGCGGCGGGGAAAGCGGAAGCCCCUCGAGGUGGGAAGCGAGCUGUCUCAAUGUCUGAUUACGGAUCGUCUUCGUCUUCGACAUGGAGUAGCGGCUAUGGAUACAAUAAUGGGCGGGAGCGGGGAGCGCGGCGGAAGAAGGUCUUUGAGUACUUGAAAGCCGCGAACGAGCUGCGGCAGUCGUAUGCGGCGUCGUGGACGGCUCAGCGGAAUGCGACGCGAGAUCUGGGUGAUGAGUAUAUGAAUACGCCUGGUGCGUUUCCUGAUGUUGAGAUUGCGAGGUCGGGUGAUGAGGAGAUGGUUAUCUUUCCGAGCUAUGCGAGGCGGUUGGAUCAGGAUCGAAUCGCGGCGCAGAAGAUGCGCAGGCGGGAGUCGUUCGACUCGCUUGAUGAAUACCGGGGGUAUGAUGGGACGAGGGAACGCGAAGAGGAGUGGGAUCGGUUUGAGGACGAGGAUGCUGUCGUUGCGGUCGACGUUCGGGGCUGGGUAUAUGCGCCUUAUCGUGGGCCGAUGACGAGGAAGCAGCGGCUGGUCGUUGCUUUGGCUCGACGGUUGAGUGGUGUACCUGCGCCUGUGAACAGUGAGACUGGUCUCGAUGGGACUCAGGAUGAUGAUCGCAUACCGCGUGUUACAGAAAAGAGGGAGGAGGAGAUUGUUGAUUCGGAGGCCCAAUUCAUCAUAAAGAGUGCCGACAAGCGGAAUGAGAUGGACUUGAAGGCCGCUUCAGAAGGGCUAGAAGAAGAGACCGUCCGACUGCCACAGCGGACUCCAACGACCUCAUCGGCUCAGUCUUCCUCCACGCAACUGACCAAGGAUGAACUUUCCGUCGCCAACGGUCACCUCGUGGAGCGGAUAAAACCUUUCUUGUCGAACCCCAUGGCUGGGAUGGCGGUGACCGUCUUCUUUUUCAACGAAGAAAACAGCCAGUCGAGGAAUAUAAUGACUAACGAUUCAGGCCAUUUCUCCAUCCGAGCGUCGCUUUCCUUCGUUCCUACUCAUGUUCGCGUCCUCGCAUCCGAGGACCUCUCUGCCGUGAAGAACGUCGAGAUCAUCGAACCUACCGGUGUCAGUUUGAUCAGUGAUAUCGACGACACAGUAAAGCAUUCUGCCAUUGCGAAUGGAGCGAAGGAGAUGUGCCGGAAUAUCUUCGCCCGCGAGCUGUCCGACCUGACUAUCGAGGGUGUCACGGAUUGGUAUAAUGCACUGGUCAAAGCAGGUGUACAGAUACAUUACGUCUCCAACUCCCCGUGGCAGCUGUACCCACUGUUGGAUCGCUUCUUCAAAAUGGUUGGACUCCCGCCUGGAUCGUUUCAUCUGAAGCAGUACAGCGGCCUAUUCCAAGGCAUUUUUGAACCUACGUUGGAGCGGAAGAAGGGGAAUCUCGAGCAGAUCCUACAAGACUUCCCUGACCGGAAGUUUAUUCUCGUUGGCGACAGUGGAGAGUCCGAUCUGGAAGUGUAUACUGAUCUGGUAAUGACCAACCCGGGUAGGAUAAUCGGCGUAUUCAUUCGCGAUGUGACUACGCCCGAGCGGACGACAUUCUUUGAGAAGUCCGUCAACCACCUAGAGAACACACCAAAUCGUCCCAGCAGCAUUCCUGAGCUGGCUGACCACUCCGAUUCGGCACCCAACCGACCUACACUACCACCACGGCCGCCGCGUACAUCCUCAGCCCCUGCUGUGGAGGCUAAUUCCGCAGUAACAGGGGACUUGAUUGACCUUUCCGAGGAACCCGAAAAGCCCGUCAACACACGAACGCCGCCUAGUGUGCCUUCGAAGCCUUCUUCUCUCCGCUCAGUUACAAACACCGCCGAUUUGCCGCCAAGGGAAGCCAUUAAGCGGAAGCCUGUGCCCCCAUUGCCAAGGCGCAGCGCAGGAAACCUGCAAACUUCUGGUGAAACUGGACCUCCGCGCCGCCCAUCCCUGGGAGAUGUGAGUGACUCUAGCGUAAAUCGAGGCCGCCCACCAACCCACAACCGGAUUGCUGGGUUGCAGGAAUUUGGCGGCGAUGGUGCGGGAAUAUCGAAACCAGCACCGCCUCCUCCACCCCCUCGUCGGACCAACACCGGCGCUUCACAAAUGAGCAUGAGCUCGAAUCGUCCGAUUUCUGAACGACAACCACGCUUCUCUGGUUCCACCCCAUCGUCACGAUCUUCUUCACCAGGCCGUCCUUCCGCAUUUCCCGGCGGGCCCGGUACUCUCCGAUCUCCUGCCUCAAAUAUUUCCCUCGGCCGAAGCAGUACCAGCAAUCCUGACUCUCCAACCCCGUCACGAACCUCUUCGAUGAACUCGGCAGCCCCACCCAGAGCGCCUUUACCAAACAAACGGGAGGAACUUUGGCGAAGGCGAUGGGAAAGAGCUAGCGGGAUUCUAGCCGAUAAAGGCGUUGUUCUGGGAAGUUGGCGCGUUGGUAAGGAUGUACAAGAUGUCAGUCUCUGGCUUGUGAAAGAAGCGAUGAAGGAGCCUUCUAUGUCUGAAAAGGUGGAGGAGGCCUUGCAGGAGAGGGAAAGUAGGCGAGACUCAUGA